AUGAAGAAAGUCGCCUUUGGUCAACUACGGCAGAAAACACGACAAACCAGCUUCGCUGACACAUGUGUAACAACUACUACAUCGCACGCUCCCACGUCGCUUGCUGACAACAGGGUCAUCUAUAAGCAGCCACUUUUGUUCCCCGACAGUGCCUACAAGCCACCUUUGGUUGUCCAUGAUGAGAAGUCGCCCUCCGUUUUGGUUUAUGAUAAUAUGAAAGAGUCACCUUUUAUCUUCGUCGAUACACACAACAAGGCACCUCCUUUGACUGUCGACUCCUCAAAGGAGCUCGGCGCAACCAGCGGUAUGCACCGAUCCAACUUGCCAUCAAUGUGUUCCUCAAUACCAUACACUGCAGAGUUUAUCGAAGAUGCCAUGCAAGCAAGGGGAGAUUCAGGCAAGCUCAUGUCCGGCAAUGAUGCCGUCAACAGCUCCAAUUCGGUUGCUGACGGUAUGCUCAUAUCCGUGCAAACCACAACCAACCAUAUCGCGACCAACACAUACGAGGAACCAUCUCGGGUCCCUGGCUACACUAGCCACAACAAUAGCAAGGAUUAA